CGUUCCCGGAGGGCCCGCGGAGUUGCCGGCGCUGCCCGAAGUUUUCCCGGAGCUGCGGGAUGGCGGGCGCCGCCCACUGCUCCCUGCAGGCCAAGCGCCUGCUGCUGGACCCCAAGUUCGAGGGAUACAAGCUGUCGCUGGAGCCGCUGGCCUGCUACCAGCUGGGGCUGGACGCGGCUGUAGCAGAAGUGCAGCUUCGUGAUGAUCAAUAUACCCUUGACCACAUGCGUGCUUUUGGCAUGUAUAAUUAUCUUCACCUUGAUUCCUGGUACCAGGAUAAUGUCUACUAUGUUGAUCAGUUUGGAAGGGUUAUGAAUCUGUCAGUGACUCUGGACACUGCUCUACAAAAACCAAGAGAAGUUUUCAGGCUACCUACAGACUUGACUGCAUGUGAUAAUCGCCUUUGUGCCUCAAUGCAUUUCUCAUCCUCCACAUGGGUUACCCUUUCUGAUGGUACAGGAAGACUGUAUUUAAUUAAAUCAGGCAAGCGUGGAAGCAGUGCAUCUGAAAAGUGGGAGAUUGUGUUUAAUGAAGAACUAGGAAGUCCAUUUAUUUUAGCACACAGUGUUUCAUUUGUAAAAUCUGAUUCACACUCACUAGCUGUGCUGGUGCUUAGGGUAGAAAAAGAUGAACUGGACACAAAAGGAAGCGGAUUUCAUGUUACCUUGGAAUGGCUUACAAUUGCAGAAAGAAAAGAGGGUGAUCAUAGAUACGAAAUUGUUAAAAGGAGAAUUUUGCAAGGAAAAUCAGUCCCUCAUUAUGCAGCAAUAGAGCCAAGUGGGGAUGGUCUAAUGAUUGUUUCCCACAAACCAUUCACAUAUAUGCAAAGUGAAAGAGACAAAUUAGAAGAAAAUGAUGAUGCAAAAGUAUCAAAUGAAAAGAAAGACCCUCUCUACUACUGGCAGCAGACUCAAGAUGAUGUGACAAUAACAGUUCAGCUGCCUCAAGACAUCACAAAAGAUGACAUAAAAAUACGUUUUUCCCCUGAUAAUAUAUGGGUUACGCUGAAAGACCAGCCUCCUUUGAUGGAAGGAAAGCUCUAUUCAUCUGUGGACCAUGAAAGCUGCACAUGGAUAAUUAGAGAGAAUAAAAGCUUGGAAAUCUCUCUGAUUAAGAAAAACGAGGGGUGCCAGUGGCCAGAGCUAAUCAUUGGUGAUACAAGAGGGGAAUUCAUUAUGGACCCUUCCCAAUGCUCUGAAAUAGCUGAAAGCCUGAUGCAUCUUACCUCUGAAGUAAUGAAUCCAAACCCCGAAAAGGAAAACCCACCUUGUAAUGCUCAAGAGUUAGAAGAGUGUGAUGCUUUCCUGGAAGACGGUGCAAGCUUGUGCAGAUUUGAUGGUGAUACCUUGAAAGUCACUCAUAUAAUUAAUCUUGGAAGCAACCAGUAUCUUUUCUCAGUUGUUGUGAAUCCCAGAGAAAUGCCAUGCUUCUGCCUGAGGCAUGAUGUUGAUGCUCUUCUCUGGCAGCCUCACUCUGACCAACCAGAGAAUAUGUGGGAACACAUUGCUACUUUUAAUGCUUUAGGUUAUGUCCAAGCAUCAAAGCAAGACAAGAAGUUCAUGGCUUGUGCUCCAGAUUACUCCUACGCUGCUCUUUGCGAGUGCUUGCGACGAGUUUUCAUCUAUCGCCAGCCAACACCUCUGGCCACAGUUCUCUACAACAGGAAGGAAGGAAGACAAGUAGGACAGGUUGCUAAGCAGCUGGUAGCAACCCUGGAAUCCAAUGAUCCUAUCUUAGGCUUUCAAGCUACGAGUGAGAGAUUAUUUGUUCUCACAACAAAAACCUUGUUUUUAAUAAAGGUGAACUCUGGAAAUUAAUUAUUCAGUGUGCUCUGCUGUAUUUUGUGUUAACAAUUUGUUAUAGAAGUGAAUAGGUAGACAAUCUGACAAGUUCGGUCCAAUUUGCUGAAAAACAAAAAGGGGACGUUUUACAGGGGAAUCAAAUUUCUUCGUUAGAAUUUUUCUGUAAGAAAGUGAGUUUUUUGACUUUGCUGCCACAGAAGUAAGCUUUUUCAGAGCUAUGGGAAAAUGUCUUCUGCAUUACCAUCUUUGUCCAAGUAAUUGUCAGAUGCUGCUAUCACAUAAGUGAAUAGAUUUAUGCAUUGCUUUUUCCUAAUGACUUUAUUUGCUAUACUUCUGAGUUUUGAGAAUUCACUGCUUUUUUUAAAUGCCACUGUUUACCUAUGAAAAAAAGUAGUCUGAUAAAAGAGUUGCAGGCAUAUGAUGUGCACAGUAGAAUGUAUCAUAAAGAAAAAAAAUCUCCAGUGCAAAUAUUGUUGACCAAAAAAUUGUUCUGCUAUUUUGACAUUAAGUAGUUUUGAGUGAAAUGGAUCGGGUAUUAUGUUUCUUAUACAGGUAAUUAAAUUGAGAAAUUUUGCUGUAUACGCACAUUUUAAAUUAUUGGUUUGGGAUUUAUUUAUACUUGCAGUAAAAUCUGUUCAUGUCUCUAGAAUACAUUUUAGCAGCUUUUUCCAGAAGCAAAGUAAAGGUCAAUAUUUAGCUGCCAAUUAUACAUCAAAUUCUGUUAGUUAAGGUCUUGUACUCUCAGUCGUGCCAUUUUUGUUUGACUUCAUACUUCAUUUCAAGUGACUCAUUUACAAUGAGAAAAUGGCUGUCAGAAAAUCACUGGUUUGUAACCUGGGAUGGGACACUCAGAGGUGCUGCUUCUGCCUCAGAUGCCACUGUAAAUGCUGCAUUGUCACUUAACUGUUAUGUCUGUGAUGCCUAAUUCAAAACCUGCUAUAUAUGCAAUAUAAGAGUACUGAGGUCAAUGAGGAUGCUUUGGUUGAACAAACUGGUAUGGUCAAUUGAGUUUAAUAGUUGUAUCUGAAGCUUUUUGUUUCUUACUUUAAAUUGGCAUUGUCAAUACAUUUAAACCAAAGAGUCAGUUGUGACAGCUCUGCCCUGGGUUGGGCUUUUUUCAUAGUUGGCUUACAAAUCCAUAGCAAAGAAUGCCUAAUAUCUUGUGUACUGGCAGGAAAGGUGCUCUCAUCUGUGGUACCAAAGUACUGAGAGACUCAAAUACAGGUGACCUUUUAGUUUGCAUCUCCCUACCAGUAUUAUUUCAGAACUCUCUAAGAAUCUGUUGUGAGAAGAAUAAAGAUUUCUUUACUUGUGAUUGUUUUGAUUCUCCUGUAAAUUCUCCAGAUUUCUAUCAGUGAACUGAUUAAAUAACAAGUGGGAGGCAAGCAGUUGUUGCUUGAAAAAAACCUCCAAAUGCAGAAGCUUUUCAAGGAACUUGA